AUGCUCACUAUCUUAGAUAACAAGAACGAGUUGUGGUUUACUACUGGCUCGGUGUUUCUGGCCAACUUUACGCCUGGUAAUUAUAAGGUGGAUGAUGCGAGACCGCCUCCUAUCUAUAGGCCCAAUGAGGGUUGCCCGAACCUCAACGCCGCCUUCUCGGACUUGGAAGCCAAUGCCGGCUAG